AUGGCUGACCGAUUGACACAACUCCAAGAUGCUGUUGAUCAGGUAUGUACCCUCCACCACGCCCUUCAUACUUUACUGACCGCCCUCCAGCUUGCAAACCAAUUCGUGGCAUCCAUAUACUACGUCAACAAACACCACGACCUACAAACGCUGAGCGCAACCGAUAGUGUACGAGACACCAAGAAGGAAAACGAAGGCGCUCAGCGGGACCCCCAAGAUGGUGAUUGGCAUUCCCUCAAACUGCUAUUUCGUCACGCUCAUCGCAUGUAGUGGAACCCCUCCCGGCGCAACAAUUCAAAGAUGGCCAGCGCGAGUUGGCGCAAGACCUAAUCACCAAAGAACAACAAAUUGAAUUUCUGAUAUCGGUUCUCCCGGGGCUGGAGAAUAGCGAGAAGGACCAGGAACGGAUGAUUAAGCAGUUAGAGGAGGAUUUGAAGGUCGCAGAGGAACAACGGAAACAGGCUCUCAAGGAGAAGGAGGCAGUUUUGGCAAGAUUGGAGGGCGUUUUGCGGAAUGUGAAAAGACCAUGA